AUGGAAGCAGCGAGUGCAUCAACGUCGGUUUCCGAUAUUCGUCACUUUAUUGAACCGGCUAAUACACUGAAGAACUUGGAGUCAAAGCAGUUAUUAUUCUUGGGCAGUGCACUGUGUCUGGUUGGGGUAAUGUGGCUUGCAGUGGCCAUUGCACUUUACGGUGUCGCAACGGAUUAUCAUACGAGCGUUCUGUACGAAGCGCGGUGGCUUCUUUCAACAGUUCUACUUUCUGGGGUGUUGUGCUUCCUGUUGGCAUGUCUGAAACUUGAGGCCAUGUACAUCAGCUGUGCAAUCACGGCUUUGUAUAGUUGCGCCAGCACGGUCGUCGUUCUUCUGGUGUACUCGAUAAACAUACACCGCACGUUAAACGUGCAACAUUUGCCAACGUUGCCAGGAAGUAUCAAAGGGCAGACUAUGAAACUACAGUACGUAAAACUGUGUGCAAGCAUGGCCGUGAUUUGCAUUUUUGGACUUCUCCUAACCAUUCUGUUAUUAUGGAGAAUGUACAAUGUUUCACAAUGGCACUUCGCUUACGUAACCAUACAACGCUCAUUAAGUAGGUAUUUCAUCUCUUCUGGGAUGGUCCAGUUUGCGCUUGGACUUUUCAGCAUCUACGUAGCUUCGCAAAUAAUAUCCCUGCGUUUCUCGUACGUCCACACAUACAUGAUCCAGGAGCUGUUCUGUUCCCUAAUUUUGAUUACUGUGACCUCAAUGCAAAUUUUCCUUAUAUUCAGACCAAAUCGAAUUCUUCUGAAAGUUUUGCUGUUCAUGUACAUUUGCCAGUUUGUUCAAGAAACAUUCUACACGUGGAAUUCAUAUUAUAUUUCACUUUACAUUCACUCCAGCAAGGUGAAGAUCGCGAUUAAUCUAGACUACGACCAAGUUAUCAUGACUUUAAAUUUCACUGUUCACUUUAUCCGAUCAGUCAUUUGCGUCUAUUCAGCUCAUCGAAUUCUAGCCGUUCUGCAAAUAUCCUUCGAAUGGCUGCUGUUUAGGAUUCACCGUAGCAAAAUGCUUCAGAAAAUUUUAGCUUUCCUUGCCUGCGGCAAUCUGCUGUUGUCGACGGCACAUGUAUUGAUGGACAUCAUUUACACCUCUCAGAUUCACAUCUAUCGAACUCUCAUAGCGUUCACCGGCAUUUCUGUGUUGUACCUAAGUUUGAUUGGCGUCUGCUUGUCGGUCUACCUUCGUUACAAGCAAAAUAUAGCGCUUGCUCUUGCGUUCGUUUUCGUUCUUCUCUCUGCCACGGUGUCUGUGCACGCAAUUUACGUCUACUUGGACACCAGCUUUAAGAAAGUGCUGCUCAUGCAUCUAAACACGUUGGGCAAAGAUCAGUGGCAGCCGAGCAUUAUGCAUUUCAUCGAAGUGUUGCUCGCAUAUGUCGAGGUUAUAUUUUCGUUGUUCGGUGGAAUCUUGCUGCUUCGACUGCUACACUUGGGAAGUCCACACGAUCGCCGUGAAAGUCGUCUUGAUGCUUACCUGCGUUGGUUGUGGCGCUGCGGUUGGGCGAUCGCUGCUCUUACAUCGACGGCGGCAAUAAUCAACAUCACGGUUCGUGAAGAAUGGCAAGCGUUCGACAACACCAUAGCCUAUAACGUUCUUGACAUCAUUUCCAUGUACGUAUUAGCAGUUUUGCAACUAUUCGUCUCUUGCCCUGGCAACAACCAUUUCUGCUUCACCCUGGCUGUACUGUUCUUCCUCCUGCUCUUCGAAACGUUCACCACCUACAAUUACCUGAGUACAUACACAAACUACAUGCAACUGCUGAUUGUGCUUAACAAGCUGUUGAGCAAAGCUUUGGCCGGUAAACGAGAUAACGACAUCAGCUUGGUGUUGCCACUCUCGCAGGUUGAUCCGUUGAUCGUCAAUCACGCCAUCCAGAUAUUCCAGUGGUUCCUGACCGUAAUCAGUCUGUUGUUAGCAGCGUCUUGUCUUGAAGAAUUGAAGGAACAGCGCAAACGGAGAAGCUCUGAUGUGACCAUGAAUGCGAGCCCCGGUCUGGGCAGUAUCAGCACUGUGCGUGCAGGCGAUCAAUCUGAGGUCAAAAUUACCUACGAAUCUGAUGAGGACAUCUUCCAAGGUUCAGCUUUUCCUUGA